ACGUCGCGUAUCGGUAGUACUUCUUGUCGCGUUAUCAAAUACCAAAACAAAUACAAGAACGCCAAAUACAUCUAUAAAUAAAUAUUAAUUCUGUUUAAAAAUACUUAAAUCAAUAGAUUUAGAGUUGUAAAUGCAGUGUGCAAUUUAUUAAUUUGGUCUUAGUGUGAAACAAGUGGAAUAAAUUAGCCAGUUUUCGUUUGCAACUUUGAAAAUUACGAAGCGAUGCAACGGUAUUGGUGACCUACUUUGUGUGUAGUGCAGUGUGACGUCAUCACCUCUAGUGUUCCAAAUUGGAAGUUUAUUAUCUUAAUUCAAUUUUCGAUUGGUUGGUGAGAACGGAUUGAUCAAUUCUUAUUGUUUAUGUUGGCAGAUGUGUAGCAGUCGUAUUGGAGACGGUCUCAUACGAGUACAAACUAAUAUUAAAAAAAUCCGUGAUCACCAACCAAACAGAAAGCCCAUCUCCAACUAGAUAACAAAAAUCAUUGCCGUACUAUGAAAGUGCUACCAAAAUGGUAUGAAGAUCACAAAUCUGGCGUCGAUACGGUCUGUCCCGGGGGAGCCGCCCCGCUCCACGGCCUACUACUAUGCUGACUUGGAGCGGCUGAAGAAGAAGAAUGACCCAAUCAUACAGGACAACCCCCCGAAUACCCAGAACGCGGACGAACAAAGCGAAUAUGUGGAGUCCAACGAGGUUUUCAACGAUGGCGCGGUCAGGGAAGUGCCACCGUUACGGGACAGAGUCAGGCAGUGGAGUCUCCCUGAAUAUACCACUCCAGAGAACCCGAGGAAGCUACCAGGGGAGACAUACUCCACAGCCGGGACCUUUCCUAUGCCGGAGCCGAAGGAGAAGGAACCCUUGCUCGCGGAGCUAGAAGUCGUCGGCAGACUGCCUCUGACUCAAUUGGAGACGUCUUCAGGAGUAAGGAGGACGAGGAGCUGGUACUUGUGCUGUCCAAAUGUAGCUGACGAGGAGAUCUCCCGGGAGUCCUCGUGGAGGUACUCCAGUCUGAGGCCCGUGACUGCACCGCCGAUGCCCGGACAGAAUGGAAUAUUGGUGGCGACACAGAGCAGCGACCGAGAAGACGUAACGAGUCUUCGCGCCGAGAGAGACGCCCUCGCGCGGGCGCUGGCCGCCGAACGGCAGAGGGCGGCGGCUGCGGCCAGGGCCCACGACGCGAGGCUGGCGGAGCUGCACGGAGUCAUUGCGGAGCUGGUGAGGAGAAGGGCAGCCGACAAGCACGCCAGGGCCAUACCCGAGGAGGAAGUGUCAGACGAGUGUGAAUCCACGACGCAGCCGGCCGGAGAACUGGACAACGACGCGGAUAGAUCCCGGACCGAACAGAAUGACACAUCAUCAGCUCUGAGUCCAGCCGAGUUGCCCACGCCGCAGGAGCGGGGAGAACCACGCGAGCUGCCUGAUGAUACCACGGACACCAGCGAGACGAACAGGAUGGAGCAGCCGCGGGUGGAGGUGUCCCCGCCGACGCAGCCGCCCGCCGACGCCUGCGACACCAGCGUCAACUUGUCCGAACGGGACUCCGACGCCUGCCUCAGCACGGCCAGAUGUUUGGACAAUGAAUGUCUGAAAAGUUGGUGUACCGCAGGGCUGGAUGUUGGGGCCGGUGUAGUUGUGAUGUUGCGUGUGCGCAGGUGGCGGCAGCGCGCGCGGCGCAGCGCCGGCAGCUGCGAGCGCGAGCACGGCUCGCCCGAGGCACAGCUCUUCGCCGCCUCGCCAGGCCGCUGUGAGGCGAGACAAGCUAAGCUGGCGUCCAGGGUCCGGCUGCGGCGCGCCGGCGACUCGGAGUCCACCGAGCAGCUCGACGACCAGGCGUGGUGGCACGGCGAGGCGGAGCGGCUGGCGCUGCCCGUGUGCGCGGCCGCGGAGCUGCGCGAGGCGCUGUGUGGCGGCGGCGGCGGCGGCGGCGGCGGCGGCGGCGCGCCGGCCGCGCCGACCGCGGCGCUGGCGGCGUGGCGCGCGCGCUGCCUGCGCCUGCGCGCCGACUGCCGCCUGCUGCGCGCCGCGCUCGCCACCGCGCGCGACACCGCGCACAGGCUGUACAGCGCGUGCGCGGUGCAGGAGUCGUCGUGCGUGGCGCUGUGCGGCGCGCUGCUGGCCGCCGACCGCGCGCUCGAGGCCUACGACGUGCUGCUGGCGCUCGCCGAGACCGCCGCCCGGCCCGGCCCGCAGCGCGAGGCGGCGGAACUGGUGGCGCGGCAGCUGCUGCAGCGGCUGGACAGCGACCAGCCCGCCGCCGUCGGCGAGCCGCUGCUGUCGCCCGGGCCCUGGCUGCAGCACGACGCGCAGGCCGUCCCUGCCACUGGCCCCUGGUCGGCGGCGGAGGAGGCGCGGCUGCGCGCGCACGCGGCGGCGCUCAAGGCGCGCACGGCGGCGCUGCGCGCGCACCACCCGCCGCCGCGCCUCUACUCCUACCACGACAUCGACGAAGCGGACAUACCAAAGGCGGUGGACACGUUCAGCAUGGACGAGAUAGAAGAGGCCGUCAUGAUGCAGGAGGUGCUGGCGGCGCGCGAGAAGAUCGCAUGCGCCCGCGCAGGCGGCGAGCUGCUGGAGCCGCUGUCGCCGCACGAGCACGAGCGGCGCGACGACGACCGGGAGGUGUACAAAGAAUACAAGAGCGAGUCAAGCCGUCGGCGGCGUCGCGAACGACACUGGCUGGAAACAGAAGCGUCAGAGACAGACCUCUAGGAGAUAUUAAUGAAAGCGUAAGCGAGAAAUUGUCUGGGUACUGAAAUAUCCUGCAGUGGAUCCGUAAGCUCUUUGUCCAGAAAUCUCAGAGGAGCAUCUGUAGGGUUCUCAAUCUCUAGGGUACUCGGCGAAAAAGUGUUAAUUUUCCUGAGUAAGGAAUCUCAAUGAGAAAUGUUUUGUUUAAAGCGAUAGCUCUAGGGUUCUGUUGAAGAAAUUACUAGGGUCCCCAUUGAGUAACCGUCGAUGUAUUCAACAAGAUAUUAUCAAGUUCUUUAUCAAGGAAUCUCAGUUAAAAAAUAUCAUAAUUCUCACACUUAUCUUUCUAGGGUUCUUAAAAAAAAUAGGUUUCUCAGCCAUAAACAACAAAAAAACUGUAAGUUAUCAAGGUAUAUCAGUGAGAAAUAGCUACAAUCCUCAGAGGGUAUGAUAUCUCUAGGGUUAUGAUUAAGAAAAUACUAGGGUUACUAUUGAGAAAAUGCAGGAGCUCUUAGAAAGGAAUCUUUAACGAAUCUUUAUCUAGAAAAAAAGGGUCCUUUACGAGAAAUAUCUGGGGUUCUCAUCGAGAAAAAUCACUCCAGUAUAAUAAUAAAAAAAAUAUGUUAUAUAUUGACUAACAAAAAUAGCUUUACUUAAAUAUCGACUAAAAACAUGUUAGUUCUAGCGGUAUAUCCUCGGAGAUCGCUUGUUGUAAAUGCAAACCAAAUCAUAGUGUACUAUAGUGUAUAAUAGAUUAUUCAUAAUUCGGUUACAAAUUAGUUUGCAUAUAAAUAGAGGUAUUCGCCUCGUAUCCUUCCAUCUGCUAGUCUACUCUCCUUAAUAGGAAAUCCCUAGGGUCCUUGUCAAGAAAAUUCAAGAAACUCAGUGAAAAAUACCUUGGAAUCAUCAGAGCGAUACCUGUUGGGUUCUCACUAAGCAGCAAUUAGGGUACUCAGUGAGAAAAUAUUGGGGUCCUCGCCAAGAAAACCUCAGGGUACUUAUCAAGGAAUCUCAUUGGACGCUCACAUCUUGUUCUUUCCACAUAUCCUUAAGCUGUAUCUUAAUUGAUUAAGUUCUGAAUAUAGUCUAUUCGUUAAAGCUGUCGUUUCGUGUUGAGACACUGUAUAGUUUAUGGCAAUUACUCGUGUUAAGGUUGCGGGGCCGUACUCAGGGGACGUCGGGGGCCGAUUAUAAUAAUUUGCCGUAAAUAUUUGGCACAAAAUCUGCUGUGCUCGUAUACUUACGCCUUAAAUUUGCUUCUUGUUUAAUGUGACUGGUGUUACAGACGGUUAGGGCAACCGGUUACCAUUCGGCGGGCCGUAUGGUGACUUAUAGUAGUACAAAACAGUUUAAAUCAACAAUGCAAGUGUUAGUGAAAAUUUGCAAUUUAAAAUGUUGAAUUAAAAUAUAUGGCUGUCCCCGCGCCCGCGGCCGCCCUGAGUGCGUCCCGCUCGUAUCGUAGGCCGCUUGUUAGUCGCGAAAAGCGAAUCCCUCCCCCGAUUUCUAAUUUUGCAUUUACCAAUUGCAUUUUAUUGUUGAUAAAUGAUAUUUCAUAUAAUAUUUUAAAUUGUAAAAAAAUAUUAAAAAAUUUUAUUAUGGUGCUUUUUAUUUAGCGAUAGGGUUUUAUUUUGUUUUGGUCUCUUAUUAUUAAAAAUUUGGUUUUUUUUCUGUAAAAAAUUAAAUUUAUUUUGAAGUGUUUGAGACAUUUUAUCUAUGUUUUGUAAAAGACAGGAGUUAACGCGAUCAUUCGAUUAAUAGUUAGCUAUUUAGUUAAUUAUUUAUUUUGAGGUUUCGACCAGAUUACACCGGCCGUGUAGAACAUAAAAUGUACAGCGCGAAGGUCCAAAAGUUUUAUUUAUUUUCCUUUAAAAUUGUACAAUGUUUUAGAGUCAUACUUUAAAAUGUUCCGAUAUCGUAUUAGCAUUUACAAAUACAUACAGAGUGACACUGAAAUCUGGUCCCAAAUUGGACAUUUUUGGGCAGAAACAUGGCUCAAGUAAUGACAUAACAAUUAGUCGAUAAUUUUUUAUUAAAAAAAAAAAAAAAAUUGUACUUUUUUUAAUUAUUUUUUUUUUACGUUUUGUCUAUGAUUUUUAAUUUUUUUUUUAAUUUAUAGUACCUUAUUCAUUGUUUUAUUAAUAAUUAUAUUUUUACAAUGCUGACUGUCGCUGUCGUAUUGUGUUGUACGAUCCGACGACUUGUAUGGCGUGUACUGUAAAUGUAUGUAAAUUGUGUAUGUAUGUACAUGUGCUUGUGUGUGUGAGGGGCGAGGGCGAGGGGGAGGGGGGGCUGGU